AUGGCGGCAACGGCGAGUCCCGGGGCCGGCGGGAUGGACGGGAAGCCCCGGACGUCCUCUAAGUCCGUCAAGUUCCUGUUUGGGGGCCUGGCCGGGAUGGGAGCCACGGUGUUUGUACAACCGCUGGACCUGGUGAAGAACCGGAUGCAGCUGAGCGGGCAAGGAGCCAAGACGCGGGAGUACAAGACCAGCUUCCACGCCCUCGCCAGCAUCCUCAAGGCGGAAGGGGGGCUGCGGGGCGUCUACACCGGGCUGUCGGCCGGCCUCCUGCGCCAGGCCACCUACACCACCACCCGCCUCGGCAGCUACACGGUGCUGUCCGAGCGCCUGACCGGGGCUGACGGCACCCCGCCAGGCUUCCUGCUGAAGGUCCUGCUGGGCAUGGCGGCCGGAGCCGCGGGCGCCUUUGUGGGAACCCCCGCCGACGUGGCUCUCAUCCGCAUGACUGCCGACGGCCGGCUCCCAGCGAGCCAACGCCGUGGCUACACCAACGUGUUUAAUGCCCUGAAUCGAAUCGCUCGGGAGGAGGGGGUCCCCGCCCUGUGGAGGGGCUGCGUCCCUACCAUGGCCCGGGCGGUCGUGGUCAACGCUGCCCAGCUCGCCUCUUACUUCCAGUGCAAGCAGUUCCUGCUGGACUCGGGUUACUUCACUGACAACAUCCCGUUGCACUUCUGUGCCAGCAUGGCCAGCGGCCUGGUCACGACGGCCGCCUCCAUGCCCGUGGACAUCGUCAAGACCCGGAUCCAGAACAUGCGGAUGAUAGACGGGAAGCCGGAGCACAGGAACGGCCUGGAUGUGCUGGCGAAGGUGGUUCGCUACGAGGGCUUCCUCAGCCUGUGGAAGGGCUGUACGCCAUACUAUGCCCGCCUGGGCCCCCACACCGUCCUCACCUUCAUCUUCUUGGAGCAGAUGAACAAGGCCUACAAGCGUCUCUCCCUCAGGGGCUGA